CCAUACCUUACCACUACUAGAAAUGCUACAUUCGUCGGUUAGCUUCGUAGUUCAGUUAAAAAGCGACGUAGUAUUUGUAAACUUGAACAAUUUUCGUGUUUUAUUGUUUUUUUGUUAGUCUAAUUAACAAAAUCAGCAGUAAUGUCCGACACGGUUAAUAAGAACCACCCAAACGCGCGUUUGUGCCACAUUCUGAAGUGGGAUCAUUUUGAUGGAUACGGAUUUAAUCUUCACGCAGAAAAAGGUAAAUCGGGACAGUACAUUGGUAAGGUGGACGAUGGAUCGCCGGCCGAAGCAGCAGGUCUUCGACAAGGCGACCGCAUUUUAGAAGUAAACGGCGAGAGCAUCGCAAAUAAAAACCAUAAACAGGUGGUUGAGGCCAUCAAGGGUCUACCCAACGAAACUAAGCUGCUGGUUGUUGAUCCAAAUGAUGAGAAGCAAGACGAUAAGCAAAAAACUGUCGAUCACAGUCGACCCUGUGACACAGUUUUAAUGAAGACCGUCAACCUCAGGCAGGAGGAGCCCGCCGAAAAAAUUUUGGAAAAAUCCGACUACAGUCCACCACCUGACAAAAUUUAUGAAAAAGAUUUUACUCGAAACGGCCAAGAUCAAACACCUGUAAUGCUCAACAUGACAGCCGCAGAGCUUCGCGCCAAACUUAAGGAGAGGAAAAAAUUCGACCCCAAAAAGGACGGGAUGGAUUUUAAAAAGAAGUACGACAUUGUCCAAAAGUUGUAAAAAGUGCAGUGUUCUGUGAUAAUCUUCUUAUCAUAAACGAUAGGACAGUGAAAACUUGAUAAAAUAGUAUAUUCAAUAUUACCUAAAUAUAAUGUUUGUACUGAGUAACGUGGCCUUGAUUAUAUCACGUUGAAAUCGCUUUUAUUAUUGGGUACACGGUCACAUAAUAGCCUAAUGUUAUAUAACAUUAAUCAGUGUAACUAACUCUUAAGUCUAUUCUAGCUGUUAUUAAAAAGUAGGUAGUUUUUA